CUACCACCAGAGGAGUAAAAAGUGAGGUUUUUUAAUUCGAUUCUCCUAAAGUGUUGCCUCUAAUCGCUUCCGCGAACGUCGUGUGCCUUUCGCCUAAUCUGGUGCAUCGGAAUCACCGGGAAUCGAGCCAAACUUCGGUCUACACGGAACAAACGCGAGGGCAGAAGGUGGCGUAAGGCGCACGGACAGCAGGUUGAAUGCAAUCUCGGUGUAAUACCUGGCGCUGAUCGAGCGCGACGUGGAACUGUGCUCUCGGGUGGGUGGUACGCGAUUCGUGCGUGCUUGCGUGCCGUGAUUCAGACCCAACGUUCCGCGGUGUCCAUCGUUCCGGAAGAAAGCAGAACCCCCAAAAUUCCAGCGGUCAAAGUACGGUGCCCGUUCAGAGCUCCUCUGGCGGGUGGUGGCGUGUACUUCGUUGCAUUGUUUUGAUUGCCCACUCCACCUCCUUCCUCUGCAAUUGAAAUCUCCAUUUGAUCUCCCCGCAAACCCCCCGAAAAAACAGCAUCCAACAAGGACGAGCAGCAGAGGCAGCAGAGCUACUACCGUUGACCGUGAAGCAGUGAUUAAGCAAUCAUGGAUAAAUUCAUCAGCAUGUGGAAAGUGCGAGAACUCGCCGAUAAGGUCACGAACGUGGUGAUGAACUACACAGAGAUCGAGGGAAAGGUACGAGAAGCGACUAACGAUGAACCGUGGGGACCGACGGGGCCACUAAUGCAGGAGCUAGCGCACGCCACCUUCACCUACGAGCACUUCCCGGAGGUAAUGUCAAUGCUGUGGAAGCGCAUGCUGCAGGACAACAAGACAAACUGGCGCCGAACGUACAAAAGCCUUCUCCUACUCAACUACCUUGUCCGCAAUGGAUCGGAGCGAGUCGUGACGUCCUCGCGGGAACACAUCUACGAUCUGCGUUCGCUAGAAAACUAUACGUUCGUCGAUGAGAAUGGCAAGGAUCAGGGCAUUAACGUGCGGCACAAGGUGCGCGAGCUGAUCGACUUCAUUCAGGACGACGAUCGGUUGCGCGAAGAGCGGAAAAAGGCCAAAAAGAACAAGGACAAGUACAUUGGCAUGAGCUCAGAAGCGAUGGGAGGUGGUGGACUGCGGUACGGUGGCAGUGGAGGAGGAGGAGGUGGUGGUGGCUCCGAGUACGGCGGCUACCGAGAUAGCUACGAACGGCGCAGUGAGGAUCGAUACAAUGAAUCGCGAGGAGGUGGUGAUCAUCACGAGUACGACUAUCAGUAUGAGGGUGAGCGAGAGGAUUCGGACAAUGAAUCGAACGGACCGUACGAUCGCUCGAAUCGCUAUCAGGAUCGAGAACCCGGAUCGAAGAGUCCCGCCACCCGUCAAUCGUCCAGUCUGUCGAUCGGAUCGACGGGCAUGGCCGGCAGUACGGGGGGUAGUGGUGGAGAGCGCAAGAUUAACCUCAACAUUAAACCGGUCACAACCGGAGGUAGUAACAGCGUGGUGACGAGUGCACCACGCGCGGCUGCCUCAAAGCCGACGAAAAAGAUCGAUCUCGGUGCGGCGAGUGGCUUCGCCAAAACGGCUGCUGCUGCAGCUUCCUCGGUCAGCACUAGCAAUGCAUCGAAAGACUUCGGUAUCCACUCACCGACCCAUCGCAAUACACACGCGGAAGAGAUUGUUGGUGCCGGCAACCAGCAGGAAGUGCUGGAAGAUCUGUUCAAGACGUGCCCGACAAAGAGCACAUCCGCCUCAGCGUCGCUCGUCGGUAACCAUGACGAGGACGAUGACUUUAAUCCUCGUGCUACGGAAGAGUUCGGUGACUUCGAGUCUGCCUUCGGUGGUGGUGGUGGUGGUGGAGGCUCGGGCAAGGCACCGGCAACUUCGACCAGCAAGGAGGGCGAUGAAUUUGCCGAUUUUGCUGCGUUCAGCGGAUCGGCUCCAUCGGGUGCCGGUACAGCACCAGCUGCCACCGCUGAUUUGCUGUUUGGUUUGGGUGGCGUCGCUCCGACAGCGGCGACGACAAUGCCAGCAAUGGCGAGUAGCGGUUCAGUCGAUAUACUUUCCGACCUCAGUGGCCUAUCGCUCGGUGGAGGCAGCAGUACCAAUGCUGCCCUGUUCUCUUCGCUUAACCAGACCGCCAGCAGUAGCGGUGGUUUGCUACAACCAAUGUCACUCCUGACUCCCAAUAGCAUCAACAACAAUCCUUCACUACUGCCCGGUGGUGCUGGAUCCAAUCAAAGUACCGGCACGAUGCCACCGAACAACGUCGGCACAACCUGGAAAAACGCCGGCAGCAUUAACAUCGAUCUGGACAAUCUGCUCGGUAAUGGUGUGAAGGGUGGCAAAGGCCCAACCAAUGCACCGUCGAUGAACCAGAUGAAAAGCAUCCACUCCAGUCCCGUCCAUCAGCAGCAGCCCCAACAGCAGCCGCCAAUGUCCCCUUUGAGCCCCAUGGGGUACGGUAAUUUCGCGGUCGGUGCCCAAACUCCAACACCGGCUGCAGCUACACUGCAGCCGACCAUGAUGAUGGGUGGGAUUGGUGGUGGUUCGUUUCUGAACGGCAGUAGCAACGCGCAAUCAUCAUCCGCUGGUCCGGCAUUUGGUGCGUUUAAUGCGUUUCAAUGAUCCUACGCCUCCGCCAUCGUCAGCGCCGGCGGGACGUAGGCAAUAAGAACAAUAACAAACGGACCCUAUCGCAGAAGCACGCAGGUCGGAACCGGGUGUCGAAGCAAUCCGGUGGCUGUAACCGUUUUAGCCGUCUUUCAACGGGAACCGUUUUCGACCGGAAUCAUCUUUCUCCGAUCCUUGCCAAACUAAACGAUUGUCGACGAACCGCACAUCUUCCUUUCGACCCUCCGAGAACCCUUUUCUAACUUCCCUUCACCCACCAUAUAUUCACAUUGCGGCCUAUGCGAGAGAGACAGAGAGAGAGAAAAGAAAGAAAGAAAAAAUGAAAGGAGUAAGCGAGAGAGAUACAGAUACUAGUGACCUACCCAAUCCCCCUCCUCUUUCCUUGAUGUCCCUGAGAGAGUGCACCAUCGUUGCACCGUAAGCAAAUACUUUACCGAAAUCGUAUAUAUCAGUAUUGCAUUCUCUGCCACACGCUGGAGCAGCAGUAGCAGUAGGCCAUGGACCAUUUUCUUUCCAUUUUCUUCCAUUUUAGUGCAAUUUACCGUUUUCCUGGUUGCAAAGGAGAGGACACAUUUCCAUUAAAUACUUUUAAAAGACAUGGGCCCCGAUACCACGGCGCCUACUGUUACUCACGCUCGGUGGUAGUAAUGUGCUAGACGUGUUUGUGUCGCGAUCACCGGAGCUACUGCGACUGCUGUAUCCCUGUGGCUAACGUACUGUUAAUGUUAGAGUAUCUUUUGGAAUCAUUCCUACCAGCCACGCUCCGUUCGUUUGGUUCGUUCUGUCGUUGCACAAUAGUUUCGGAUUGAGACACGCGGUCACGUUCCAACAGUCAGUGUUUGUCAGUGUAAGCGAUACACGCAACUAAUACGAGGAGCCUUUUCUAAAUUAAAGAACAGCACACCGUAUGAAAACAGGGUAACAUUGGAUAAGAGAGUGAGUUAAGAAAAUUGUUACAAAAGAAAAAACGAAAUUGCUGCCGGGGAAUUCUGAAUUUUACAUUUUGACGACGGCAUAUUGAAGCAUGUGAGGAAUUGCUAUGAACGGUCAGGCGACUGUGGACGAUGCAGAUUGCGUGCGAUUACAGAGAGUUUGGCAUCGAUGGAAUUUUUGGAAGAGGCAAGAAUUUUGGAAGGCUAUGGAGGGAUAUUCCGCGUAUUUGUUGGGGAGAGAAAAGAAAGAAGUUUGGCAGGCAGUUUUGCUAUCGUUGUAUAUCGUGUACAUAGAGUUAUUGAAACAGACCUGCAACACGGGAUGUUAGUUCAAGGAUGAGUUGAUUCGCGCGUAACGGUACUAAGAGGAAACGAGCGCAUCCAUCAGUUAUGGAGAUAUGAAAUAUUGAAAAGGAUCACGUUAGCAUUGCGUGACGACACGUGACUCGAGAGCAAGUUACGGUUGUGUUCUACCUUAGCAACAUACACAAGUCAAGGACGUGCACCAUUAAGGGCAGUCUCGAUUGUUCUUCACUUUGUCAGCAUUUGUCUUACUACAAUUACAUACCUUUAGCAAUACAUUUUGGGGAUAUUAUUGGUGACAGGUGGUGGUUAAUCUGAGACAAAACGCGGUGUUAGCCGAAGUAGGAGCAGCAUUUUCGUUAGUCAAUCUUUUACACGGUUUCCGUUUUUAUCCCACUCUAGACUCUAACGUAUUUUUUUUGAACGUUCAGCUUUUCCCUUUGUGUAUUUUAAAGCAUUUUUCUUUGGCUCUAUGCUGUGUUGUUGUCUUGUAUAAUCAGUAAUCUGUAUUUAGUUGAUUUUUAUAUUUUUUUGUUUUUGCCUAUUACAUUACUUUAUUAGCUUAUUCUAAUACUAGCUAGAGCUGAGCUUGCAGGCAGGUUUUAUCGACCACUUGCUGCAGUACCUACGUGAGGGAUGGGAGAGUAGGAAAGUGUUCGACUCAUUUGCUUCAUCUUAGAAGAAGUAUUUCUGUGCGCAAAAGCAUACAACUUUGGUAUCGCUAUUGUUAUCGUCCGCCAGUUCCCUUCCGUUACCUUCCUUUGAUGAUCAUUACUUAGCGGUGCAAUUUAGUAAUUAUCCGUAUGCUGACUACGCGGAGUUAACGAAAGUGUUAUAGAUAAAGAGAGAAAAAUGAAAAAGUCGAGCAAAAAACAGGAAUAAAACGCAACGACAAUAAAAAUAAUACGAGCAAAAAAAAAGAAAGAAAUGUAUGAAAGAGGAAAUGGAAUAUAGCAAGAGGAAAUAGAGUAAUGGAAAACUAUAGUAAAAUCGAAAAAACCCAACAUAUAGUGCUAGUGGAGGGAGAGAAAAGUAAACGAACCGAACAUAUCGCGGAAGAAUGGUACGAGCGUCAGGAUGCGAGGAUGGAGGGAACCGAUGGAAUGAUCGGUAGUACAUUUGAACGGCUAAUGAGCUGCGUGAAGGACUGCAGAAAAAGAGGAGUAGCCAAAAGAAUGAAUUGUUUAAAAAGUUUCUGUUCUGCGAGUGAUAGGUCUUACUCGUUCUUCUUCUUCUUCAUCUUCUUUUAUUAUCUUCUUCAAAAGUCUGAAACCGUAGACGCGGUUGUCACCGAACCUUGCUCGGGCUACUGAGACCGUGCAAAAACUAUGAAAGCGGAAAAUAUACAUUCUUUACAAAUAUACAUUAUAUACAUAUAGAUAUAUAUACAUCUAAAGAGAUCUAGAAACCGUAGGCAGCAGCACAAGCAGUGGAAGUGCAGGGGGGUCGGGUGGAGAUGAAGUAGAGUACGACUCACCAUGUAAAUCCAACCCAACCCCACAGGGUGUCAAUCAAUCCAUUUGGCCCUCAGCGGCCUUGCAUGGCGGUGCAUGUCAGUUUAUUGUUGUAUCGUUUACAGUUUUUUCUCGGCAAUAUAUUGUGCACCAAACAACCCCAUUCCCUUGCUGUCCUGCGAAAUCCGUUAUUUGUUGGUCCAGCACGCAGCAUCUUAGGUGCAAGUGGGGUCGACGUGUCGAUCCGCGGUACGAGUGAGAUGCACGACCGUUCCUAAUAGAUUUCGGAUGUCGAAACAGCAGCGAUGCGAUACGACGCUUUAGGAUUCUUUUGGGGUGAUGAUAAAAAUUGCAAUUUCCACGCGACGCACAUCGAUGUUGUGUGUAACCAUAAUGUGGAUUUUAUGUUAACGUGCGGUUGUAGUACUGUGUGGUUCUUCAAACACUUUCAUUCGGUUACAUCAACCUCCUGAUGCCGCUGCAUGAGAAACUGUGAAAGUCGGGAGAAAGCAAGCGCAAACAUACAGCGCAAUGCAAAAGGUAGUUUUCAGGAAGAACAGUUAGAGAAUGUUGAAUUCCGAGGAGGAGCCAAAACGGUGGCGCGUGGAAUGCGGGACAGUAGAAGGAGGAAACCACGACGAGUGCACGCGUGAAGCAAGAGGAAGGAGUCACGUAAUUAACGAAAGAUGUAUUUUUGUUGAAAUGAAAAUUUAAAAAAAAUGUAUUGAAAAACAAUCGCUGUUUGUGUCAUUUUAUUGUGCUCCAACUUUUGUUCCAAUUUCCAAGUGCGACAACAGUGCCGUGAAGAUACGGUAUUCAAACUG